AUGGACACCGUGGAGGAGCAGCAUUUAUCCAAACAGCAGGUAAGAAUGACAAACUUAUCCACUGUUCAGAGAAAAAGUUUUACUCUUCUUUUGCAGCCUUUCUUCCAGAGGAUUGAUUGAAAGUAAACCCCUCCAUUAAGAUUUUAGAGGAAAGAGUUUGCACAUCUUUUACUGCUGCAGUGUCAUUUAUGAAUAUGCAAAUGGAUUUAACAAUUCAGUAUCUAUACAUUAAUCAUUUCCCCCCAAUCUUUUUCAGUUCUAUCAAAAUAACUGAACGAAUAUUUCCCUUAACUUUUGGGGUACUUAAAAAGAGUAGUGCUUCUACUUUGGAGGUAUCUGAGUUAGGGCUGCAGCUAUCGAUUAUUUUAGUAAUCGAGUACUCUAUCGAUUAAUCUGUCGAUUAAUCGAGUAAUCGGAUAAGAAAUGUUUUGCUCUCACUGUAAUACUUUGCAUUGAAUCACGUUUGCCUCAUUAAAAACCAUCAGUAACACACAAAACUGAAAUAGGCCAGGUCUUUCAAAUGAAUAUUUUUACUGCAUAAAUCAGGAACCAAAAGUUUUACAUUUUACCAUGUAGUUCACAUGAAACUACUGAAGGCAAGGUCUGCAGAUGGUCUUUUAAUUGCUAUGGUAAUGAUCUUUGCAGUUUUCACUAAACCAGUCACAACUAUUUCCAGGCUUUGGAUCUAAUUUUACUUGUUUAAUUAAUAGGCUGAAAUAAUAUAAUUCUUGGAUACUAACAUAAUUUGACAAGCAAAUGUACAUUUAUUCAAUAUAUAAAAGUGUUACAUUUUUAUUUACAUGUUGUUGUGUGUUGGUCAUUUUGCAGCCCUCUGCUGCUCAUCACACGCCUAGCAGGUGGUGUAUAGCAUUAUCACCAUGGAUACACGGAUGUUUGUGUGAUUUUUUUCAUCCACUGCCGCCCGGUUUGUGUCGUGUAGAUGUUGAUUAUGAAAACACUUCGCAAUAAUUUGGAAACGUGAAGGGGGAGCUGCUGCUGCCCGGUGUUUACGGUAAAUAGACGCAAACACCGACCAAGUGGACGCUUCGGUCUCCGAAAACGCCGAGACAAAUUUACAAACAGCCACUAUUUCAAACAACUGGGCUCAUAAUCGUGAUGUAAACACUUACUUUCUCGCUAGAAAAAAUAUUAUUAUUGAAUGAAUUUAUAUAAUUUGUCCGGUAUGCAGUCGUUCUAUGUAGCUUGUGGUAGGACUAUUUAAAUUUUCCCGGCGCUGCGUCCGGCCGGCACGAAAUGCAUUCUGGGGUAUUUAGUAUGUAUGUGUGUAAACGCUCGGGCAGCCGCGGCAUACUCAAAUCAUCUUUGAGUAGUCAGUAGGCAGUAGCUACUGCUUGAGUAGGUAAGUAGAUAGCAGGCAGUAUGCCAUUUCGGACACAGCUUCUGUCUGUCCUCGUUUCCCUCCAUGAUUGAACCAAACGCGCGGCAGCGGAAGGAGCGGAAAGAGCACGCUUCUGCGCAACAGAAAUAACCGUCCGUGUCAAACACCGUGCGCUGCACAUGGUUCCGGAUUUAAACGAUUCCUCGAGGCAUAUAAUUUGCCUCGAGGAAUUUUAUUAAUCGAGUUAUUCGAGUUACUCGAGUAAUCGUUUCAGCCCUAAUCUGAGUACAAUAGUCACCGCUGGCUGUAGCUUUUUCUGUUUUGCUGUAUGUUUUACUCCACAUUAUUCUCCUUUGCACUGUUCUACUAAUUUUAUACCUUAUCUUAAUUUGUAAUCUUGUUCUAUUUGCUGCACUUUUUUCUCUUUUUCUGUUAAUUUGUUUUUCUCCAAUCCGUCCUGCCAUUUGAUCACGUUACUGUGCUUUAUCUUAUCUGUGGCCUUCUCUAGAAAUAACUUUUCCACCCUUAUCUUUGCUAUUCUCCUCUACUUUUACUCCACUACACCACUAAACAACCUCCCAUACAUUACCCUCCUUUACACAUGUAAGAUUUUUGUUAAUCAUAAUGAACCAUCACUUGUUUCAGUCUUCUUUUUAGUUUAAAAGUCACCUAGUCAGAAUCAGAAUCAGAAUCAUUGUAUUAAUGGCCACACAACAGGGUUGGUGGAAUUUGUUUUCCUGUACAGCAUAUCAUGCUCACAUCUCCUGUGUCGGAUACAUACAUACAUGCAUGCAGAAAAAAAACAAUGCAACAAUACAAGAUAAUAGAUGUGGAUACAAUUUACUUCAGAUAUUGGUUUAGUGUCCAUAUAGCAGUGGGAAUAAACUAUUCUUUAAUCUGGUUGAGUUGGCUGUCGAAGACCUGUAAUGCCUCCAAGAGGGCAUGAGUGUGAACAGGUGGUGUGCAGGGUGUGUAUGGUCUGAGGCGAUUUGUCUGCAAGGAGAUAACCCUUGUUAAUUUACCAACCAGCCAUAGCUUUUUAAAGUGAAGUAUAAAGGUGUAGGCAAUGGUAUUUUUUGCAAAACAAAACUACUUUCAUCAGACAUAUAUGUAAUUUUGUGUGUAAACUAAUCUUUUUGUUUGUCUUCUCCACAGUUGUUCUCUGACAGUGGCUGCCAGUGUGAUAAGCCUCAUAGAUUGUUUGGACUAAUGGGUCUUUCACUGUCAGCAUGGCUGUACAUCAAAGGAGACAACAGCCUUCCUCCACCUUCAUCAGCUUUCCAGCAUCUGGCCGUCCCAGCCUCCUCUCGCCUUGCUGUCAUUCUGACCUCUUCUUCGGUCCCUCCUGGAGACAGUAACUCACACUGGAGCUCAGUGCACCACUCUCCUCACUUUCUCCUGUCUUCCUGCAAACGGAGAGUGAUACGCUCCCCUGCCGAACUGAGCAGUGACGGUGUGAGGGCUGAGAUGGGGGUGAAGAGUGGGCUUCAUGUUUGGGAGGUACUUUGGGGCCCAAACCACAGGGGGAGUCAUGCUGUCAUAGGCGUUUCCACUCAGAACUGUCCCCUGCAGGCCUCAGGGUACAACGUGCUGAUAGGUGGAGACUCACGGUCUUGGGGUUGGGAACUCAAAACCAAUCAGCUUUGGCACAAUGGUCAGAGUCUAGGAUUGUACCCUAAAAAGAGACAAAGGGGUCCCUCUGAGGAUGCAGAGACACCUCUCCACAUCCCUGAGCGCAUCCUGCUAGUCCUCGACUCUGAUGCAGGGACUCUGGGAUUCAUUAUAGAUGGCACCUUCCUUGGCAUGGCUUUUGAAGGCCUCCCUUGUGGAGUGGAGCUGUUCCCAGCAGUAAGCAGUGUGAGAGGAGGAGCAAGCAUACAACUGAGAUACUUGAAUGGGGCCACACGUGAGUGUCUGGUUUUUAACAAAUGUGCUUUCAUCAGAUAUGCUUUCGGCUUUAAAGACACAUUAACUAAGUUUUUCAUGUCUCUCCAUACCAGGUGAUCCUCCUGCUCUGAUGGCUCUAUGCAGAUUGUCAAUUCGUCAGUUUUUGGGAGAAGACAGACAAGAACAAACUGCCAAAUUGCCUCUUCCUCCUUGUCUUCUGAGCUAUGUGGUUUCUAGUCACUAG